AUGACUGAGGAAUUACAUGCCUUAGAAAAGGCUCAUACUUGGGAUUUGGUGGAUUUACCUGCUGGCAAGACUCCCAUCGGAUGUAAGUGGGUGUAUAAGAUCAAGACAAAUUCAGAUGGAUCUAUUGAGCGCUACAAAGCUCGUUUGGUUGCUAAGGGUUACUCCCAGGAGUGUGGCAUAGAUUAUGAAGAGACCUUUGCACCGGUUGCUCGUCUUACUACUGUCCGGUGUUUACUUGCAGUUGCUGCUGUUCGUCGAUGGUCUCUUCUACAGUUAGAUGUCAAGAAUGCCUUCUUACAUGGAGCCUUGUCUGAGGAGGUUUGGGAUGUGGUCUCGACCGGUGGUUGGGAUGGGAUCAUCGGUCGGGAGUUGGGGAGAAAGGAGUUGUUCUCUAGUGUUGGUCUAGGGGUUGCCGUUCGGGAGAGGAGUUUGGUCCGAUUGAUGUUCCAAUUAGCCGCUUGCUGGAGUUUUUGUUUCGGAUUCUUGGAUUGGAUUUCUUUCCCUUGUGCGGUCGUCUCUAGGUGUCGAGCCAUGGAUUGUUGUGGAAUGCUUUUGGCCUUGGCUGCAACUCUUGCCGCCACCUCGAUUAUGCUAUCGACUAAACAAACCGCUCUUGUUUUCGGCAUCCAAUUCGACGCCCGUUAUAGCUAUUCUCCGGCUUUCAAGUUCUUUGCGUUUGCAAAUCUUGUAGUUUGUGUGUUUACGGUUCCAUCACUGUUCACUGCCUUCAUCCUGGGGAGGAAGACAGUUGAUUCAACUUACUACUUCUACAUGUUCUUGCAUGAUAUGGUGAUGACGAUACUAUUGAUGGCGGGAUGUGCAGCUGCAACAGCUGUGGGUUACAUAGGGAAAUACGGAAACAGUCACUCGGGUUGGAUGGCAAUUUGUGGCUAUUUCGACAAAUUUUGCGACUGGGUCAUGGCAGCUACUAUACUGUCCUAUUUCGGGCUAUUUUUCUAUUUCGUGCUCGCCAUUGUCACGGCACACAAGUCCCGCCAAAUCUAA